AUGCUGCCGUCUCAGGCCAGCUCGCACUUCGCAGUCGAACCGAUCUCGGGAGCGACGCUUUUCGAGGUCGAAAACACGAGGAGGGAGGAGCUGAAGCGCAUGGGGGUCUUGAGGACUGGAUGUAGGGAGAUUGAUGAAUAUGUUUUGGGUGGCGGGCUUGAACGCGGGUGCGUCGUGGGGUUGAGUGCUGAGGAGGCAGAUAUGGGUCUUUUGAUUGGCGUGCAAACCGUGGCACACGGCUUGAUCGGCAGCCUUUCGGGCAUAGCUUCGACCAAGUUACGAGCAGCCAUCAUCACUACACUCCCUGCGUCAGCGAUACUGCCACUGCUCCGGGAUGUCAUCACUUCUCAGGCACAAGCAAAGCUUGGCCAAGAGAGCUCAACCGCCGAUGUACAAGUGCUGGUGCGGCUGUGUUUAGAGCGCAUCUCUAUCUCGCGUGUGUUUGAUAUCGAGGGCCUAUGGGAAGUGCUGAACGAGCUCGAGACGCCGCUUUCGGCUGCCGGUUUACGUGAUCCAAAGCCAGAGCCAGAAUCUGAGCCGCCUGAAUCCUCACAGAGGUCUGCACCAUCACCCCCUGCAACAAGGCUGCCGCCACUGCGGACAGAAAUCCUUGAUAGCGAGGACGAAAGCGCUCUCUCCUCCUCACCUUCGUCCGGUUUUAAUGCAUCUCCCCAAGUUAUAACACAGGAUGCUUCAGCCAAGGCUCUGCAAACUGAACCAACCGGAGAGGCACAACCAAGUGUUCCAGAUAUAAUCCUGAUAACACAUUUCUCAACCCUCCUGACAACACUUUUCACCCAACGCGACAAGUCCUCCGCCCACACCUCACUCCAACUCCUGUCCUCCCAUCUAAGGUAUCUCUCACGAUCCUCCGGGCCGCUUAUUCUCCUUCUGAAUACUACAACCUCUCCAUCAACCCAAGCUGCUGCUCCUGCGACUCCAGACCGGCCCAACAAGUCCAGUAAUAAACAGCAAGAAAAACCGUUGGACACCACACUGCGCUCAAUAUUCAAUCCACGACCCCUAACACACGCCGGACACGGAUCCGCGGGCGCCGCACUCAGCCGAAGGAACAAACCCGCGUUCGGACUGACGUUCACGCAGUUUCUGGACCUGCACCUAUUGUGCACGCGGGUGCCGAGAUCGAGAAUCGAUGCUGAGGCUAUGUUUGCACCGGCUUCGUUCCAGGAAAGACUUGUCGGAAGGGGGAAUGCGAGUUUUGCCUGGGUUGUGGAGGUUCUGUUGGACGAUAUCGGUGUAUUGGGAGAGGGGGGGCAGGGGGGAAAGGGAAUAAAUGUGGUGUUGGAAAGGGAGCAGAGGUGGGGGGCUGUGAAUGUGCGAGAUGGAGUUAUGGUUGUUGAUGCCUUUGAAGCAAGGGAGGGGAGGUAUAAUACUGACCCCGUUAGGCUGGCUGCUGGGUUUGGAGGGAGGAGCGUUUGA